UUUUUUUCCAAGCAAACAUAAACAGAUCUCUCUCGAGUUUUCAGUCAGUUCUCAGUUUUCGGUGGUCGGGAGUCGAAGUAACCAUUGAUUGUAUAGACUAAAUAAUAACUGUAAAUUUAGAAGUGAUGUCUUUGUUGGAUGCAGAAAGUGCAGGUUCCGUAAGUGGAGAAGAAAGUCAUGUUGUGAAGGCUGAAGGGGAAGCCCAAGCCGAAGCCCAAGCACAAGCCCAAGCCCAAGCUCAAAGUCAAAGUCAAGAAGAUGAUAAAGUGGAUGUUGAAAAAUUAAAGAAUGAAUUCAGAGAAAAAGCCAAAACUUAUUUAGCGGAACAAGGAAGUCAUAUUAUAAUUCCAUCAUUUGCUAAAUGGUUUGAUUUAGGCAGUAUUCAUUCAAUUGAACGUAAACUGUUUCCUGAUUUCUUUAAUGAAAAUAAUAUUAUUAAUAAAUCACCUUAUAAAACUGAAGAAAUUUAUAAAAAUAUGAGAGAUUUUAUUGUUAAUACUUUUAGACUUAAUCCAAAAGAAUAUUUAACAAUAACUUCAAUUCGAAAAAAUUUAGCCGGAGAUGUUUCAGUAAUUAUUAGAAUUCAUCAAUUUUUAGAAAGAUGGGGGAUAAUUAAUUAUCAAAUAGAUCCAAGAACAAAGCCUUCAUCAAUGGGUCCUCAAUAUACUGGUCAUUUUCAAAUUACUUUAGAUUCUCCAACUGGGUUAGUACCUUUAAUUCCUGAAAAUUCUAAAAUUAUUAAUGAUAAUAAUGCCAAUAAUAAUAAUAAUAAUAAUACUACAAGUUUACCAUCACCUGAACCUUCAUCAUCAGAAUUAGAUUCAACUAAAAUAAAUGAUAUUUCUUUAAAUUUAGAAGUUAGAAGAAAUAUUUAUACUUCAACCAGUAAAAAAUCUAAUUAUAAACCAGAAACAAUUGUACAUUAUUCAUGUAAUAUUUGUGGUAAAGAUGCAACUAAAGUUAGGUAUCAUAAUUUAAAAAUUAAAUCAUAUACUCAUAAUCCAAGUUCAACUAUAAAUAAUGCCAGUAUUUUAUGUACAAUUUGUUAUGAUCAAGGAUUAUUUCCUCUGAAUUUUUUAUCAUCAGAUUUUAUUAAAUUAACUGAAUUAAAUCAAUUAGAUGAAUGGUCAGAACAAGAAAUUUUAUUAUUAUUAGAAGGUAUUGAAAUGUUUGGAACUUAUGAACCUCCAACACUUAAUGGAAAUAUUAAUGCCAAUAGUAAUUCACAAUGGGAUAAAAUUUCUGAACAUAUUGGAACAAAAUCAAAAGAACAAUCAUUAAUUAAAUUUAUACAAUUACCAAUUGAAGAUCAAUUUUUAAAUAAAUUAAUUGGAGACAAAAAUAAAAUUAAAUCAUUAAAUUCUUCUAAUGAAGAUAUAAUUCAAUCUAUUGUUAAUAAAUUAAUUAAUAAUAAAUCUGGUAAAGAAUUAAUAAAACAAAAUUCAAAUCAAGCAUUAGAAGAAUCAAUUAAUGAACAAACUAAUUUAAUAAAUCAAAUUGUUGAAUUAACUUUAGAAAAAGUUAAUCAUAAACUUAAUAAAGUUGAUUCAUUACUGGAUAAUCUUUUAAGAGUUGAAAAACAAUUAAAUUUAGAAAGAAAACAAUUAGCCAUUGAAAGAUGGGCUCAAUUUGAAAAAUUUCAAAGAUUAAAGAUUGAAAAACCUGAACUUGGAGAAAUACUCGAUGAUUUAUUAAAACCCAUUAAAAUUAAUGAAAUAAAUAAAUCAUUAAUUCCAUUAGAACCAAUUAUUGGAGAAAAUAAAAUGGAAAUAGAUUCCGAAAAGAAUCAACAAGAAAUUGAUAAAUUACCUAUUAGUGUUAGUAAGCCAAAGAGUUAUCAAUAUUGGUCUGGUUAAGUGUACAGUAAAUAAAUUAAAUUAAAUUAAAUUAAAUUAAAUU